GCAUGCGCAGAGGGUGGAGCCUGCGGAAGUCCCGACGUUAAGGUCUUUUUGUUUGGGGCUCUCCAACAUUCGCGACACUCCGUUCGAGUCCUCUGGUUCAUAACCGUUUUUUAUCUGCAUUCAUUUCGGUGUCUUUUAUGAAUAAUCUAAAGCAGCAAAAGCCGACGCUAACAGGCCAGCGUUUCAAAACUAGGAAAAGAGAUGAAAAGGAGAGGUUUGACCCUACUCAGUUUCAAGAAAGUAUCGUACAAGGCUUGAAUCAAACUGGCACUGACUUGGAGGCGGUUGCGAAGUUCCUUGAUGCCUCUGGCGCCAAGCUUGACUACCGCCGCUAUGCUGAGACACUCUUUGACAUCCUGGUGGCCGGUGGAAUGCUGGCCCCAGGUGGGACUCUGUCUGACGACAUGACCCGCACAGAGUUUUGCCUCUUUACGGCACAAGAAGACCUUGAGACGAUGCAAGCAUAUGCUCAGGUUUUUAACAAGCUGAUCAGGCGUUACAAGUACCUGGAGAAGGGUUUUGAGGAGGAAAUCAAGAAGUUGCUGCUGUUUCUAAAAGGGUUCACUGAGUCUGAGCGCAACAAGCUGGCCAUGCUGACUGGCAUUCUGCUGGCCAACGGCAACAUAUCAGCCUCCAUCCUCAGCAGCCUCUUUAACGAAAACCUUGUGAAAGAGGGAGUGUCUGCUGCCUUUGCCGUCAAGUUGUUCAAGUCGUGGAUCAAUGAGAAAGACAUCAACUCAGUAGCUGGCAGCCUCCGCAAAGUGGGCAUGGACAACAGACUGAUGGAACUUUUUCCUGCCAACAAGCGGAGCUGCGAGCAUUUUUCUAAGUACUUUACAGACGCCGGGCUGAAGGAGCUGUCCGACUUCGCCCGCAACCAGCAAUCUAUCGGUGCCCGCAAGGAGCUGCAGAAGGAGCUCCAGGAGCAAAUGUCCCGCGGAGACCCACUCAAAGAGAUCAUUGCGUUCACCAGGGAGGAGAUGAAAAAGGCCAACCUCUCUGAGCAGGCCAUGAUCGGCAUCAUUUGGACUUGUGUGAUGAGCUCUGUGGAGUGGAAUAAAAAGGAAGAGCUGGUGACCGAACAAGCCAUCAAACACUUGAAGCAAUAUAGCCCUCUGCUGAAGUCCUUCACCUCCCAGGGUCUUUCUGAGCUCAGUCUGCUGCUAAAGAUCCAGGAGUACUGCUACGAUAACAUCCACUUCAUGAAGGCCUUUCAGAAGAUCGUGGUGCUCCUCUAUAAAGCGGAUGUAUUGAGCGAAGAGGCCAUCCUGAAGUGGUACUCUGAAGCCCACCUCGCCAAGGGGAAGAGCGUCUUCCUCGAGCAGAUGAAAAAGUUUGUGGAGUGGUUGAAGAACGCAGAAGAAGAGUCUGAAUCGGAUGAAGAGGAAGCGGACUGAAAACCUCAGACGCCAGAUGAGCUUUCCCACCCCAAGCCCCCUCACGUACCACCACUUUUUUUUUUUAAUUAGUAGAAAAGGGAUUGGUAGAAUGUCAAUGCCCUUCUGACUUUUCUACCUCCUGGUAUUGUUCCCUCACAACCUGCACAUGUUAUUUUAGAACCUUUUUUAAAGGGCUCGGUCCUCGUUUGUUACUGUUGGUGUCCUCUUCACUUCCCACUGUUGCAGUGCCCUCUAAUUUGGACAGCAAACAUUCCGUAUGAUUUUGUGGCCUCUGCUCACUCUGGCCUUUACUCGGAGUUCACAUCAAUUUACCACAAGACUGUGAGGCCAACUGACAAUUUUUUGCCAAAGUUCUUUUUUUUUUUUUCUUGUCGUUUGUUUUCAUUUCUUUAACAUCCCCUCACUUAAAACUCGGCCCAAAUCAUUUUGGCUCAUUCUCACUUAAACUCCGCUUUCCUUUUGUAACCUACCCCCCCCCCCUGUUGUGGUCACACUGUUUAGUCCGUUGAAAGACCCACCCUAUAUAUUGCCUCGCCAGCAAUCAGAUUAUUGGUUUCUACUUUCUUUAAUCUGAUGUAAACCAAUUGACUUUUUUAUGGAAAUAAAGCUUAUGAAACGAU